AAUCGAAUUUGUCCAUCAUGAUGGAAAUAGUUGCGACUAUGGUCGAAUGAGUGACGACAUGCGGACCUUGCAAAUGUCGUCUAAACUAGUCGAAGACAACCGCGUUUUAUUGAGCAUAGCAUUGGAUAAUGUAGCAUCCAAGGAAAGCAUACAUCUUCAAGGUCUCAUAGAGCGGGAACAUUCCGAACAAGACCUCGAAGAGAACAUGUAUCUCAAAGGGAGGGCGGACGAGUUUACACUACCUCCAUAUGAGUGUGGAUCUCCAAGAUGUACAGAACUCUCGCCAGCAACCCAGCGAAGGACGAUUAUACGCAUGCCACCACUUCUUAUGUUGCAUCUCAAACGCUUCAACGACAAGCUGAAAAAAACACGAGAGCAUGUGCAGUUUCCCCUUGAUCGGCUUACGAUAAAGCUCCGAGAUGAAAGGUCCGCGCCUUAUAAGCUAUGUGGCUUGAGCUAUGUGGCUUGAUCGAGCACCGCGGCGCGGAGAUCAGUAGCGGCUAUUACGUCGCAUAUGUCUUGGUCGGAGAACGCUAGAUGGCCUUAACCCUAACACGAGUAAUCCAAAAAGGAUUUACAGUCUCGUUAGGAACGGAUUACCGAAAUCGAAAAAUACGUCACCAGGUUCAUUUCUUUGUGCAUCGAUCCACCUUUUCGGACAGUCCCUGUUCCUUCG